GAGGGCGAAUAGAUUUCAGAGCCUGCACCUGAAGUACAAUUCGAAUCCUGCUCCAGGGAGCGAGCCACUGUCCGGAUCCAGAAACUUUGGCAGGGGAACAGACUGGAACAUCUCACUUCUUGGAAGCCAAGUGUUAAAGAAGGGGCAGGGCCAGUAGUUUUUUAAAGCAGAUGGUCCAGGAGGAGAGGAAGAAAGAUUUUGACAUGAAGUUUUUUUCUAAAUUCAUUUGGAGCUGAGACGAGUCAUGUAGAGAAGCGGCCCUGUCUCCUGUUCUCCUGUGGUGGGUUGGAAACACCAGAUCUGAUGUCGUCUGUCAGUGUCACAUGUGUAGGCCCCUCUUCCUUUGCAGGCCACUGGGAGGAAAAAUGGCCAGUGAUACCCCAGGUUUCUACAUGGACAAACUUAAUAAAUACCGCCAGAUGCACGGAGUAGCCAUUACGUAUAAAGAACUUAGUACUUCGGGACCUCCACAUGACAGAAGGUUUACAUUUCAAGUUUUAAUAGAUGAGAAGGAAUUUCCAGAAGCCAAAGGUAGAUCAAAGCAGGAGGCAAGAAACGCUGCAGCCAAAUUAGCUGUUGAUAUACUUGAUAACGAAAACAAGGUGGAUUGUCACACGAGUGCAUCUGAGCAAGGCUUGUUCGUUGGUAACUACAUAGGCCUUGUCAAUAGCUUUGCCCAGAAGAAAAAGCUGUCUGUAAAUUAUGAACAGUGUGAGCCCAACUCUGAGUUGCCUCAAAGAUUUAUUUGUAAAUGCAAAAUUGGGCAGACAAUGUAUGGUACUGGUUCAGGUGUCACCAAACAGGAGGCAAAGCAGUUGGCUGCGAAAGAAGCCUAUCAGAAGCUGUUAAAGAGCCCGCCGAAAACUGCCGGAACAUCCUCUAGCGUUGUCACAUCUACAUUCAGUGGCUUUUCCAGCAGCUCGUCUAUGACAAGUAAUGGUGUUUCCCAGUCAGCACCUGGAAGUUUUUCCUCAGAGAACGUGUUUACGAACGGUCUCGGAGAAAAUAAAAGGAAAUCAGGAGUAAAAGUAUCCCCUGAUGAUGUGCAAAGAAAUAAAUAUACCUUGGACGCCAGGUUUAACAGCGAUUUUGAAGACAUAGAAGAAAUUGGCUUAGGUGGAUUUGGUCAAGUUUUCAAAGCGAAACACAGAAUUGAUGGAAAGAGAUACGCUAUUAAGCGCGUUAAAUAUAACACGGAGAAGGCGGAGCACGAAGUACAAGCGCUGGCAGAACUCAAUCACGUCAACAUUGUCCAAUACCAUAGUUGUUGGGAGGGAGUUGACUAUGAUCCUGAGCACAGCAUGAGUGAUACAAGUCGAUACAAAACCCGGUGCCUCUUUAUUCAAAUGGAAUUCUGUGAUAAAGGAACUUUGGAGCAAUGGAUGAGAAACAGAAAUCAGAGUAAAGUGGACAAAGCUUUGAUUUUGGACUUAUAUGAACAAAUCGUGACCGGAGUGGAGUAUAUACACUCGAAAGGGUUAAUUCACAGAGAUCUUAAGCCAGGUAAUAUAUUUUUAGUAGAUGAAAGACACAUUAAGAUCGGAGACUUUGGCCUUGCAACAGCCCUGGAAAAUGAUGGAAAAUCCCGAACAAGGAGAACAGGAACUCUUCAAUACAUGAGUCCAGAACAGUUAUUUUUAAAGCACUAUGGAAAAGAAGUGGACAUCUUUGCUUUGGGCCUUAUUCUAGCUGAACUUCUUCACACGUGCUUCACGGAGUCAGAGAAAAUAAAGUUUUUCGAAAGUCUAAGAAAAGGCGACUUCUCUAAUGAUAUAUUCGACAACAAAGAAAAAAGCCUUCUAAAAAAACUACUCUCAGAGAAACCCAAGGACCGACCUGAGACAUCUGAAAUCCUGAAGACCUUGGCUGAAUGGAGGAACAUCUCAGAGAAAAAGAAAAGAAACACAUGUUAGGGCCUUUCUGAGAAAACAUUCCUCUGCCGUGGUUUUCCUUUAACGAUCUGCAGUCUGAGGGGAGUAUCAGUGAAUAUUAUCCUUCUUUUCUUAAUACCACUCUCCCAGACAGGUUUUGGUUAGGGUGACCCACAGACAUUGUAUUUAUUAGGCUAUGAAAAAGUAUGCCCAUUUCCUCAAUUGUUAAUUGCUGGGCCUGUGGCUGGCUAGCUAGCCAAAUAUGUAAAUGCUUGUUUCUCGUCUGCCCAAAGAGAAAGGCAGGCUCCUGUGUGGGAAGUCACAGAGCCCCCAAAGCCAACUGGAUGAGGAAGGACUCUGGCUUUUGGCAUAAAAAAGAGCUGGUAGUCAGAGCUGGGGCAGAAGGUCCUGCAGACAGACAGACAGACAGACAGACAGACAGACAGACAGACAGAGACACAAAGACAUGGACUAGAAUGGAGGAGGGAGGGAGGAAGGGAGGGAGGGAGAGAGAGAGAGAGAAAGAAAGAGAGAGAGACCACAUGGAGAGACAAAAUGGCUUAAGUUAGCUGGGCUACCUGAGAGACUGUCCCAGAAAACAGGCCAACAACCUUCCUUAUGCUAUAUAGAUGUCUCAGUGUCUUUAUCAUUAAACACCAAGCAGGACUGCUAAAAACUCUGCAAUAGGGUUUUUUUUUUCCUGUUACUUCAAAAGCAAUCUUACAAAGUUAUUUUUUUGACAAUUCCAUACAUGCAUUGUGUUCUGAUCCCACUCUGAACCCUCUGCCAUUCAUGCCUUGUCUGUCAUGUGAACUGUUGCCUCUGAAUGUGGGGGUCCAAAUUAACCCUCUGCCCUUGAGUGGCUUCUCUCAGGUAGUGAUUGUGAUGAGAAAAGUAAUGAGAUGCUGGCAAAGAUGUGCAGAAAGAAGAACACUUCUCCACUGCUGGUAGGAUUGCAAGCUGGUACAACCACCCUGGAAAUCAGACUGGAGGUUCCUCAGAAACACAGUACUACCUGAGGACCCAACAAUACCACUACUGGUCAUAUACCCAGAAGAUGGUCCAACAUGUAAUAUGGACACAUGCGCCACUAUGUUCAUAGUAGCCUUAUUUAUAAUAGCCAGGAGCUGGAAAGAACCCAGAUGUCCCUCAGCAGAGGAAUGGAUACAGAAAAUGUGGCACAUUUACACAAUGGAGUACUACUCAGCUAUUAAAAAUGAAUUCAUGAAAUUCUUAGACAAAUGGAUGGAUCUGGAGGAUAUCAUCUUGAGUGAGGUAACCCAAUCGCAAAAGAACACACAUGAUAUGCACUCACUGAUAAGUGGAUAUUAGCCCAAAAGCUCCAAAUAACCAAGAUACAAUUCACAGACUACAUGAAGCUCAAGAAGAAGGAAGACCAAAGUGUGGGUGCUUUGGUCCCUCUUAGAAGGGGAACAAAGUACUCACAGGAGCAAAUAUGGAGAUAGAGUGUAGAGCAGAGACUGAAGGAAAGGCCAUCCAGAGACUGUCCCAUAUACAGAGACUGGGAAUUCAUCCCAUACACAGUUACCAAACCCAGACACUAUUGUGGAUGCCAAGACAUUCAUGCUGACAGGAGCCUGAUAUGGCUGUCUCCUGAGAGGUCCUGCCAGAGCCUUACAAUACAGAGACUGAUGCUCACAGCCAACCACUGGACUGAGUGUGGGGUCCCCAAUAGAGGAGUUAGAGAAAGGACUGAAGGAGUUGAAGGGGUUUGCAACCCCAUAAGAACAACAAUAUCAACCAAGCAGACCCCCCAGAGCUCCCAGUGACUAAGCCAUCAACCAAGGAGUACACAUGGCUCCAGCUGCAUAUGUAGCAGAGGAUGGCCUUGUCAUGUAUCAAAAGGAGGAGAGGUCCUUGGUCCUAUGAAGGUGCGAUAGAUGCCCCAGUAUAGGGGAAUCAAGGGCAGAUAGGUGGGUUGGAGGAACACCCUCAUAGAAGCAGGGGGAGUAAGGAAGGAUAUGGGGAUUUCUGGGAGGGGUGGAAACUAGGAAAGGGGGUAACAUUUGAAAUGUAAAUAAAGAAAAUAUCCAAUUAAAAAAAAAAGAAAAAGAAAAAAGAAAAGAAUAGUAAUAAAAUGGUACAGGAAGUAGAGUUAUAUUGCAAUAAACCUACUGUUGGGCUUUCAGGACUGGUUUGUGGGAGGAAUGUGAAAAAGUUUGAAGCCCCAGGUUAGAGAAGUCCUCAAAUGGUAUACGUCAAACUUACUGUGGUAGCUCAAAAGUCUCCUGAGAGGCCCUGCUUGGAGUUAGCCUUGUAGAGGUCCAGUCUUUCCUUGUUGUUCUUUCAGACUUGCUUUGUAGAAUAUUGGUAGUUACUUUGUGCCUUUGUAUGCUGUAAUAGUUGUUUUAUAGGGCCUCACAGCUAAGAGUUUCUCGCUGCUUCUCAAAGCACUUUGGACCUUUGCAUGGAGUUGAGUAUUAAGAUUAUGGGAAUUUCUGAGGUGGGACUGAAAGCAUUUUGCAUUAUGAGAUGGCCAUGAGCCAACAGAGACUUGGACACACUCCUCCACUGUCAACCGAGGCUUCUGCCAAAUCUUCCCUGUCAUGAAGGAUUGUAUCAUCUGAAAUUGAGUCUAAAUAGAUAAAUAAAUAAGUAAAUAAAUCUCUCCUCUCUUAAGUUGCAUCUGUUGGGCUUUUAGUGACAAGAAAAGUAGCUAACAUACUGUUUACAGAAGUCAUGUCAACAAGAAGCACCCAUAAUGCCUUCAAAGGGAGAAUGAAUUUGAAAUGCUAUUUACUUAUUGGAGAAUGAACUGAAGCUAGAUGUAGUAACAGUAUAUUAACAGCAUGUUAAGAGAAAAAUAUUUUUUAAAUGUUUAUGGAAGGAAACCAUUCACAAGUUGAUAGAACAUUCCAGAGCAUACAAAACAAAAUCAUUUUUAAAGAUCCCCUCCCCGAUUUUUGGAAUCUCAGUAAGUAGGACAAGCUUUUACGCAAGGGGUUUGCCAUCAGAACGCAGGUGUUGGGAAAGCCACCGCUAAUUUAAAGCAAAAAUGGGGAAGGAAAAGACUCACAUCAACAUCGUCUCCGGCAAGUCCACCACAACCGGCCACCUGAUCUACAAAUGUGAUGGAAUCGACAAGCGAACAAUCGAAAAGUUUGAGAAGGAGGCUGCUGAGAUGGGAAAGGGCUCCUUCAAGUACGCCUGGGUCUUAGACAAACUGAAAGCUGAGCGUGAGUGUGGUAUCACUAUUGACAUCUAUCUCCCUGUGGAAAUUCGAGACCAGCGAAUACUACGUGACCAUCAUUGAUGCCCCAGGACACAGAGACUUCAUCAAAAACAUGACUACAGGCACAUCCCAGGCUGACUGUGCUGUCCCGAUUGUUGCUGCUGGUGUUGGUGAAUUUGAAGCUGGUAUCUCCAAGAAUGGGCAGACCCACGAGCAUGCUCUUCUGGCUUACACCCUGGGUGUGAAACAGCUGAUUGUUGGUGUCAACAAAAUGGAUUCUACCGAGCCACCAUACAGUCAGAAGAGAUGUGAGGAGAUCGUUAAGGAAGUCAGCACCUGCAUUAAGAAAAUUGGCUACAACCCUGACCCAGUAGCAUUUGUGCCAAUUUCUGGUUUGGAAUGGUGACAACAUGCUGGAGCCAAGUGCUAAUAUGCCUUGGUUCAAGGGAUGGAAAGUCACCUGCAAAGAUGGCAGUGCCAGUGGCACCACUCUGCUGGAAGCUUUGGAUUGUAUCCUACCACCAACUUGUCCAACUGACAAGCCUCUGCGACUGCCCCUCCAGGAUGUCUAUAAAAUUGGAGGCAUUGGCACUGUCCCUGUGGGCCGAGUGGAGACUGGUGUUCUCAAACCUGGCAUGGUGGUUACCUUUGCUCCAGUCAAUGUAACAACUGAAAUCAAGUCUGUUGAAAUGCACCAUGAAGCAUUGAGUGAAGCUCUUCCUGGGGACAAUGUGGGCUUCAAUGUAAAGAACGUGUCGGUCAAAGAUGUUAGAGAGGCAUUGUUGCUGGUGACAGCAAAAACGACCCACCAAUGGAAGCAGCUGGCUUCACUGCUCAGGUGAUUAUCCUGAACCAUCCAGGCCAAAUCAGUACUGGCUAUGCUCCUGUUCUGGAUUGUCACACAGCCCACAAAGCAUGCAAGUUUUUCUGAGCUUAAAGAAAAGAUCGAUCGUCGUUCUGGUAAGAAGCUGGAAGAUGGCCCCAAAUUCCUGAAGUCCGGUGACGCUGCCAUUGUUGAUUUGGUCCCUGGCAAGCCCAUGUGUGUUGAGAGCUUCUCUGACUAUCCUCUACUUGGUUGUUUUGCUGUUCGUGACAUGAGGCAGGCAGUUGCUGUGGGAGUCAUCAAAGCUGUGGACAAGAAGGCUGCUGGAGCUGGCAAAGUCACCGAGUCUGCCCAGAAAGCUCAGAAGGCUAAAUGAAUAUUACCCCUAACACCUGCCACCCCAGUCUUAAUCAGUGGUGGAAGAACGGCCUCAGAACUGUUUGUCUCAAUUGGCCAUUUAAGUUUAAUAGCAGAAGACUGGUUAAUGAUAACAGUGCAUCGUAAAACCUUCAGAAGGAAAGAAUGUUUUGUGAACCAUUUUGUGUGUGUGUGUGGCAGUUUUAAGUUAUUGGUUUUCAAAAUCAGUACUUUUUAAUGGAAACAACUUGACCAAAAAUCUGUCACAGAAUUUUGAGACCAUUAAAACAAGUUUAAUGAGAAA